AUGUUGGAACUAUUCCAGAUAAGAGAUCUGCACGGGUCUCCAUCUCCGACUGCUACAGACGAUACAGAUUCUUCGACUCCUCUGCCAAAUACAACCUCCGAUCCCCAGAACCGCGGAAUCAUCCAGAUCUCAUCCUCAGACUAUGACCAGAUCGCAACGACCCAUCCCCGCGCUCGACUGACAUAUGUCGAUGAUGAUGACGGAGAAACCAUCACGGUUGGGUCGUCGUUCGAGCUUUCUCAGCGUCUAGAGGACCCCAUCCCUCUUGGAUACUUUUCCAUCCCAACCUUCUCCGGUCCCGUUUCGACUUCCUACCCUAUGCACAUCUUCGACAUCAGACGGUCAAAAUCUGUAACGGACCUCUGGAAGAAAUAUGAAUAUAGGCAGCAUCUACGGGUCGACCAAGCAACGUCCGAUGCCAAUACGGAAACCCAGACUCACGAUACUCGCCCUCUCGCCCAAGCAGAAGCUCGCCCAAACCAUGACAAUGCGGCGAAUCCUACCUCUGUUACGGAGAACAGCGAGAUGGAGCCCCUCCUGGCUGCAUUCGAAGCCCAGAUGGCCUCCAUAUUACGUGCCUCGGAGAAUCUCAAUAGGGCCAGCGAGCAGCAAACCACCGCAAACCCCCCGCAGACGCAAGAAACUCCUCGCUCAAACAGCACUCAAAGCCCCAAUGAUGCAUUUACUUGUGCGAUAAACAAUCUCAUCGACGGAGCAGAGAGGAUUAGGUCUGGGGUCGUGUCCAGGCUUCCUGAGUUCGAACGCCAGCUCCAGAAUGCCCAACGGGCUCUCCCUGAGCCUGUUGGAUCUUCGGUGCAAUCGGCCCUUGUAACGUUGGAGGAUCAGGCUAGGAAUCUAGCAAAUGCUCUCAAUAAUGCAGCUGCCGCAAGAGGCCAGGGCAGCGGCAACAUCUUCCAAGGAGAACUACCCACAGCGAAUGAAGCUGUUUCUGGUUUGCGCAAUCUUGCAUCCGAGAUCGGUCAUAUGGGAUACACUUUGUUUGGAGCCUUGGACUCCGAGCUCAGGGGCGGUUCGAGGUUCCAAGGCCAAGACUCGCCGAGGGAUAACUCUGUCCCUCCGCUUCCAGAGAAUACAGAACAGGCACCAGACCCAAGCCACGAAACCCCAGCGAUACGUACAGAAUCCGGAGCCACCCUAUCUAACCGAGAUCAAGAUGUCCAGACUCAUCACGCCGUUCCUCAUCCCCAAUCCACGCAGGAUAGGCAAGCGCAGCCUUCAAACCCUUUUACCUUGCCUUAUAGGCCUCGUACUGAAGGACCUGGCUUGAGUCACGAUCCAGUCCAAAAUCCCUGUUCUUCUGGUCCGUCGUGCGUAUCUUGGCCCGCCCAGCCGAGGGUUGUUAACGGCCCACCAUUACAACGUGCACCCACAAGCAGCGCGCUGUUCAUUGGAAACGUCGGGUUUAACGUUAACGAAAAAAUGAUCCACGAUGUUUUCGCCUCAAAGGGUUUCACACCUAAUGUCAACCUUCUGCGAUAUCCAGGCGCAGGGCAACAUGCUGGCUUUGGUUAUCUAUACUUCCCUUCGGACAACCAUGCACGAGACGCUUUGGAAGCCCUGCAAGGCACCCACAUUGACGGGCAUUCGAUCAAUCUCGAAUUCAGCGACAGUCGUCCAGCCCGAGCAUUUCCAACCUUCAAUUGUCCACCGCCUAGACUACCUAGCAUGAGGCGAGGAAACGACCCGCAUGGUUUCACGGGAGAAGGUCAUCAUGAAACUACCAGUAGCCGCAGGACGGCUCCGUUGUCGGUUGCAGACCUAUGUUCGAACGACCAUCGGCACGUGGAUGAGGCGACUACCGAUAGCAAUCUAGAGGGCUCCUGGCAAACGAACGCCCAGCGAUUGAAUGCGCUUUACCCCUCCUUGACACCUGAGAACACCCGCCCGCAGCCCAUUGUCUCCGACCCGCCUGCGCGCAUUCCAGAUCAAAUGCUCCAGUUUCCGCCUUUCUCUCAGCAAGAUGCUCUGUACCAGCGUGCUGGAUCAUCCGUGUCUGAUGAUCAAGUGCAUCGGCAAAGGACACCUGAAGACUCCAGAAGAAAUGAAACAUCUACACAAAAUCUCCCCGGUUCAUUUCCCCAGGAUGUCCGUGACGACCUCGAAAUGCCCCAAAACAACGGUCCAUCGAACCCCUUACGCAGCCAGUCGGUCUCUUCACGCCCUCGGAGAGGCAAUCCCGUCCACCCUGCCAGAUCCUUGAGGCAUGGGCACCGGGAUCGCCCCGGCCGGCCGAUGGAUGGCUUUCGUCCUCUGAGCUUCUGUAGUCAAGCGCGACCUUUUCAUACAUCUGGGGGUGUUUCUAGACCGUCUGCUCACAGGCAACAGAGAAUUGACGAAUGUGUAUCUGCAUUGGCAAGUCUUGGGUACGGUGGCGCCGAAGAAGGAGGCCUCCAGAGGAUUGCUGUGUAUGCAGAGGCGGUAGAUGGUCGAAUCUCUGAUGCGAUUGAGAUGAUCGAAGAAGAGCGGAAGGCAUAUGAGCAGCAGAGAAGCCCUAUGUGA